AUGCAGGCGAAGAAGCCGGGCGGCUCGUCGGGCGGCGGCCGGAGCGGCGAGCUGCAGGGGGACGAGGCGCAGAGGAACAAGAAGAAGAAAAAGAAGGUGUCCUGCUUCUCCAACAUCAAGAUCUUCCUGGUGUCCGAGUGCGCCCUGAUGCUGGCGCAGGGCACGGUGGGCGCCUACCUGGUGAGCGUCCUCACCACCCUGGAGCGGAGGUUCAACCUGCAGAGUGCCGACGUGGGCGUGAUCGCCAGCAGCUUCGAGAUCGGGAACCUGGCGCUCAUCCUCUUCGUGAGCUACUUCGGGGCGCGCGGGCACCGGCCGCGCCUCAUUGGCUGCGGCGGCAUCGUCAUGGCGCUGGGGGCGCUGCUGUCGGCGCUGCCCGAGUUCCUGACCCACCAGUACAAGUACGAGGCGGGCGAGAUCCGCUGGGGCGCCGAGGGCCGCGACGUCUGCGCCGCCAACGGCUCGGGCGGGGACCAGGGCCCAGACCCGGACCUCAUCUGCCGCAGCCGGACCGCCACCAACAUGAUGUACUUGCUGCUCAUUGGGGCCCAGGUGCUCCUGGGCAUCGGUGCUACACCCGUGCAGCCCCUGGGCGUCUCCUACAUCGACGACCACGUGCGGAGGAAGGACUCCUCGCUCUACAUAGGAAUCCUGUUCACGAUGCUGGUGUUUGGACCAGCCUGUGGAUUUAUCCUGGGCUCUUUCUGUACCAAAAUCUAUGUGGAUGCAGUCUUCAUUGACACAAGUAACCUGGACAUCACCCCGGACGACCCCCGCUGGAUCGGAGCCUGGUGGGGCGGCUUUCUGCUCUGCGGUGCCUUACUCUUCUUCUCGUCCGUCCUGAUGUUUGGGUUCCCACAGUCUCUGCCCCCGCACUCAGACCCCGCCCUGGAGAGCGAGCAGGCCAUGCUCCCCGAAAGAGAAUACGAGAGACCCAAACCCAGCAACGGGGUCCUGAGACACCCCCUGGAGCCAGACAGCAGCGCCUCCUGCUUCCAGCAGCUGAGAGUGAUCCCAAAGGUCACGAAGCACCUGCUCUCAAACCCUGUGUUUACCUGUAUCAUCCUGGCCGCCUGCAUGGAGAUUGCAGUGGUGGCUGGCUUCGCUGCCUUCUUGGGAAAGUAUCUGGAGCAGCAGUUUAACCUCACCACCUCUUCUGCCAACCAGCUGCUAGGGAUGACUGCGAUCCCAUGUGCCUGUCUGGGCAUCUUCCUGGGCGGUCUCCUGGUGAAGAAACUCAGCCUGUCUGCCCUCGGGGCCAUUCGGAUGGCCAUGCUCGUCAACCUGGUGUCCACCGCUUGCUACGUCUCCUUCCUCUUCCUGGGCUGUGACACGGGCCCUGUGGCUGGGGUUACUGUUCCCUAUGGAAACUCCUCAAUGCCUGGCUCAGCCCUGGACCCCUACUCAUCCUGCAAUAAAAACUGCGAAUGCCAAACCGACUCCUUCACCCCAGUGUGCGGGGCAGACGGCAUCACCUACCUGUCCGCCUGCUUUGCUGGCUGCAACAGCACGAAUCUCACUGGCUGUGCAUGCCUCAUGACCAUCCCGCCUGAGAACGCGACCGUGAUUCCUGGAAAAUGCCCCAGUCCCGGGUGUCAAGAGGCCUUCCUUACCUUCCUGUGUGUGAUGUGUGUCUGUAGCAUGAUCGGGGCCAUGGCUCAGACGCCUUCCGUCAUCAUCCUCAUCAGGACAGUCAGCCCUGAACUCAAAUCCUACGCCCUCGGAGUUCUUUUUCUCCUCCUCCGUUUGUUGGGCUUCAUCCCCCCGCCACUCAUCUUCGGGGCCGGCAUCGACUCCACGUGCCUGUUCUGGAGCACGUUCUGUGGGGAGCAAGGCGCCUGCGCCCUCUACGACAACGUGGCCUACAGAUACCUGUACGUCAGCAUCGCCAUCGCGCUCAAGUCCUUUGCCUUCCUGCUCUACACCACCACGUGGCAGUGCCUGCGGAAAAACUAUAAGCGAUACAUCAAGAACCACGAGGGCGGGCUGAGCACCAGCACAGAGUACCAAGACAUUGAGACUGAGAAAACCUGCCCCGAGUCACAGUCACCUUCAGAAGACUCCUUUGUGAGAAGCUGA